AUGAAACUACCAAUUGUAUUGUCGGUGCUUCUUGUUGGUCAAUCUGUCGCUUUCAUGCCCAAUGCACCAACAGGUGUCCAAAAAUCCUUGGAAGCAGUUUCUGGUUCCAAGGGAACUGGAGCAGGAUGGAUCGAUCCUUCGGCUCCUGUCAACUCUGCAGAAUCCCUCAAGCUCACUUUGGAAAAGAGUCUAGAAGGAUCCAACUUUCAAAAGAGACUCUCUCUUUUGGGAUCUACUGGAUCUAUCGGUACACAAACACUCGAUAUUGUUGAUGCCUGCCCAGAUAACUUUGUGAUCGACGCUCUAUCCGCUGGAACCAACGCAGAAUUGAUGGCUGAACAAGUCUUGAAAUACAAGCCCAAAAUUGCUUCUCUAUCCACUCCCGAGGCUGCCAAUGAACUUAGGGAGCGUCUUAAAGCUGCAGGCUGUGAUCAAAUGCCCGAGAUUCUUCAUGGAGACGAUGGAAUUUUGGCUGCAGCUACCAUUGACACUGCUGACACUGUUGUCACUGGUAUUGUCGGUGCAGCGGGAUUGAAGCCAACAAUCGAGGCUAUCAAGCUAAAAAAGGAUAUCGCUUUGGCUAACAAGGAAACUCUUAUCAGUGGAGGACCAGUCAUCAACCCUCUUGUGGAGAAAUACGGUAUCAACAUGCUUCCUGCCGAUAGUGAACACAGUGCAAUUUUCCAAUGCUUGCAAGGAGUUCCAGAGGGAGGGCUUCGUAGAGUCAUUUUGACUGCAUCUGGAGGUGCUUUCAGAGAUUUGAGCAAGGAUGAACUCUUCCAAAUGUGCAGGGACGAUCCUCGCGCAGUUCAGGCCAAGGCAACGACCCACCCAAAUUGGGACAUGGGUGCGAAGAUUACUCUAGACAGUGCUACCAUGAUGAACAAGGGACUCGAGGUCAUUGAAGCACACUAUUUGUUCGGUGCCAGUUAUGACGACAUCGAUGUCGUCAUCCACCCCCAAUCUAUUAUUCACUCAAUGGUUGAAACUCAGGAUACUUCUUGCAUUGCUCAGCUGGGAUGGGCAGAUAUGAGAUUGCCUCUUGUUUAUUCCGUGUCUUGGCCUCACCGAUUGAAGAUGCCAUACAGGCCAUUGGACUUGGCCGAGGUUGGCCAGAUGACUUUCUUGGCUCCUGACCACGAAAAGUACCCAUGCAUCGGACUAGCUUAUGAGGCAGGGCGUGCUGGGGGUACAAUGACUGCUGUCUUGAAUGCUGCAAACGAAGCCGCCAACGAAAUGUUCCGUGAAGAUAUUGGACUCGGAUUCCUUGAUAUCCCGAAACUCAUUGAAAGUGCCAUGGAAGCUCACAAGGACGAUCACAAGACUUCUGAUGUCACUCUGGAUGAUAUUCUAUCCUGUGACGCAUGGGCAAGACAGCACGUCGUCGAAAAAAGCAAGACCCUAAUGAAACAAUUGCUUGUUUAA